AUGAAAUCAAUUUUCACUCCUCUUUUAUAUGCCCGAGAUUCACAGAUAGAUAAAGUAGCUCUAUUAUGGGCUGCCAGAAAGGGACAAUUAGGAACAGCUCGGCUUGCAAUCUGCGGACAGGAGGCAGGUAUAAUCAAUGUUAAAUGCAGGAAUGGCCUGACACCAUUGGCCCACGCUGCUAUAAGGGGGCAUAAAGCUGUGGUGAAAUUAUUGCUUGAGACUGGGAAAGUGGAGGUGGAUUCGAACGACCAUUUCGGUCGGACACCGUUAUCCUUCGCCGCUGAGUGGGGGAAUGAAGCUGUAGUGAAAGCACUACUUGAGACUGGUAAAGUGGAGGUGGAUUCGAAUAACUAUUACGGUCGGACACCGUUAUCCUUCGCCGCCGAGGGGGGGAAUGAAGCUGUGGUAAAAGCACUGCUUGAGACUAGCAAAGUGGAGGUGGAUUCGAAAGACAGCCAAGGCCUGACACCACUAGCCCACGCUGCCAUAAGGGGGCAUAAAGCUGUGGUGAAAGUACUGCUUGAGACUGGGAGAGUGCAGGUGGAUUCGAAAAACCAUUGCGGUACGACACCAUUCGGCCACGCUGCCACGCACGGGCGUGAAGCCGUGAUGAAAGUACUACUUGAGACUGGGAAAGUGGAGGUGGAUUCGAACGACCAUUCCGGUCAGACGCCGUUGUCCUACGCCGCCACGUGGGGAAAUGAAGCCGUGGUGAAGAUGCUACUUGAGACUGGGAAAGUAGAGGUGGAUUUGAAAGAUAGCCAAGGCCUGACACCAUUGGUCUAUGCCGCGAUGCACGGGCGUGGAGCUGUGAUAAAACUAUUGCUUGAGACUGGGAAAGUGGAGGUGGAUUCGAACGACCAUUCCGGUCGGACACCGUUAUCCUUCGCCGCUGAGUGGGGGAAUGAAGCUACAGUGAAAGCACUACUUGAGACUGGUAAAGUGGAGGUGGAUUCGAACGACCAUCCCGGUCGGACACCGUUGUCCUACGCCGCUCAGUGGGGAAAUGAAGCUGUGGUGAAGAUGCUACUUGAGACUGGGAAAGUGGAGGUAGAUUCGAAAGAUAGCGAUGGCCUGACACCAUUGGCCUAUGCUGCUAUGCAUGGGCGCGAAGCCGCGGUAAAUCUGCUACUUAAGACUGGGAAAGUGGAAGUGGAUUCGAACGACCAUUCCGGUUGGACACUGUUGUCCUACGCCGCCGAGUGGGGAAACGAAGCUAUGGUGAAAGCACUGCUUGAGAGUGGGAAAGUGGAGGUGGAUCCGAAAGACAGCCAAGGCCUGAACACCAUCGGAGGGUCAGGGUCGGGUCAGGGUCGCUCAUAA